AUGGCCGGACUACACCGAGACAGUCGAAACCUCACGCGCUUUCUAUGGCUUCGAAAUCCUACACUUGGAGUACAGGAGAGCAACAUCGUCACGUACGCCUUCAAGAGAGUACCUUUUGGGUUAAUUUCCUCACCUUUUCUCCUGUCCGGCACGAUACACUAUCACCUCAGUAAAUCCUCCUCAAACCUCGCGCAAAGAAUUCUUCGGAAUUUUUACGUCGACAACUUGUUCCUGGAAGCUGACUCAAGCCACGAUGCAAAACUGGUGUAUGGAGAAACCAAAGAAAUCUUCCGGGAAGCAGGUAUGAAUGUUCGAGAGUUCGCCAGCAACGAUGCAGCAUUCAAUAAGCUAAUUGAACAAGCAGAACACACACCGUUAGACGAAAUUUCCAAGAUACUCGGCCUUAAAUAG